AGCCGACAAUGGAGCGUUCCACGAGCAUACAGAGCUACUACGCCGACAAGACGAUUUUGAUCACCGGAGCGACGGGCUUCGUCGGCAGCUACCUCGUCGAGAAACUGCUACGUUCGUGCCCCGACGUUAGACGAAUUUAUCUGCUGAUCCGCUCGAAGCGUCGCAAAGAUAGCGAAAGUCGUCUCGAGGAGUUCCUGAGCGAUGCGAUCCACAACGGCUUGAAGCAGAGCAAUCCGAGCGUUUUGAAGAAGCUGGCGGUCAUCACCGGCGAUCUCGAGCUUCCGAGGCUGGGGUUGAGCGAGGUGGACGAGGAGAAGAUCGUCAAAGAGGUUAAUUGUAUUUUUCAUGUCGGGGCGACCGUCAAGUUUACCGAGGAGCUCAGGCGUGCCAUUUUGAUCAACAUCGGUGGGACAGAUAGUCUCAUAGAGAUCGCGAAGAAGAUUGAAGAUCUUAAGUCUUUCGUGCACGUCUCCACAGCGUAUUCGCAAUGCAUACGCGACAUAGCAGACGAAGCCUUCUACGUACCCGAGGAGAAUUACACCGACCUGAUAACCAUGGCGAACACGAUCAGCAACGAGAAAUUGAACGAAAUGACUCCAACUAUUCUAGGCAAAUGGCCCAAUACGUACAGUUUUACGAAGAACAUCGCCGAAGAUCUGGUGAGGAAGAAGGGUACGGGUUUGCCGAUGGUAAUCGUGCGUCCGUCCAUAGUGAUCGCGCCGUAUCGCGAACCGACAACGGGCUGGGCGUCAUCCUACGAUCUCACGUCGCUUCUCGUCGCGACGAUCAACGUCGGCGUCGUGCACACGAUGUGCUGCGAUCCGAAGCACGUGGUCGAUCUGGUCCCCGUCGAUUUCUGCGUGAACCAAGCGAUCGCGGCCGGUUGGGCGGUGGGAAGGGAGUGGUCGAGAAUGUCGAAGAUUCCGAUUUAUAACUUCGUCAGCGGUCCACGAAAUCCAAUCACCUGGGGCCUGCAGAAGGACGUACUGGAGCGAAGCGAAUCCGCCCUUCCAUCGAAUCGGAAGAUAUUCCACCGCUACGUCCUCUACGGCACUAACAAGAAGAUGCUAGACCUAGUCGAGCUAUUUUACCUUCCCUUGAUGUACAUAGUAAACCUGAAGAGCUUCUUCCUAGGAAAAGUACACAUUACCCUAAAGACGCACAGGAAGAUAAGGGAGUUUUGUAAGGUCGUCGAGUUCGCCUCUUGCAAGGAGUGGUACUUCAAAGAUGACAACACGCAGAACCUCUGGAAUUUACUGGAGGAAGAGGACCGGGACGUCUUCUGCUUCGAUAUCAACUCGAUUGACUGGCAGACGUUCUCAGAUAGGAUUACGAAAGGGGUGCGACUGUAUAUUCUAAAGGACGACCUGUCAACGGUGGGGAGAGCCAGGACGAGAUCUCGCCUUCUGAAGAUCCUUCAGUAUUUCGUCGUCUCUGCUUACGUACUGUUACCUUUGUACAUAGUGCACAGGCUUGGCACAAUUAUACUGUAGCACUCGGAAUUAGUUAGUAGUCAUCUGUACAUUUCCCCAAUAAAUAAACUGCUCAUUUUAUGUAACAGA